AUGCGGAUACAAGAGAAGACAUCGAGACGACACAAACGUCCUUUGCUGAUUGUGCUGAUUGUGCUGAUUCUGCUGUGUGGCUACGCAGCGAUCAUGUCCAUGGCCACGGAAGAUGGCUCUGCUGCCGGCGGCAGCUCGAGCAAGGCCGCAGGAGGCUCGUACCGACGUAGUGGUGGCGGCGGCUUCGAGGGCUCGUCAGCAGCCGCCUCUGGCGACAGCGCUGACACCAAGGCGCCGUUCUCGAGGAAGGGCGCCACGGUGGCGGCUAUCGUGUGUGUGGCUGGCCUGAUUGUCCUCUGGCUCCUCGUCAUGGGCGGCUCCAAGAAGCCCACCGACCCGCCGCCGAUGCACUCGCCUCCUCCGGCCAUGAUGCGCAAGCCAUUCAUGCCGCACAUGACCGACAGGAAAGGAGCGGCGUUUCCCGCGCCUCCGCACAGGCUGCCCGAGCCGGCGAAGCCUCCCUCCGAGAAUCUCGUACCGCCGUCCCUUGUGAAGCCUCCGCAUCCGGCGGCGCGCUUGCCGAAAAGUCCCAAGCCGAACGACGAGCGCACCGUCCCACUCGUGUUCCCAGGGAGUCCGGCCGCAGCCACCGACGGUCCAAACUCACUCGCCGAGCGUCCCUAUUCUCCCGACGACGACUACGUGCCUCCACCGCGUUCCGAUUUUCCCGAGAAACUGCCGCUCUACGUAGUUCCCCUCCACUACGACCUAAUGAUCAAGAUUGUAAUGGAUGCGAACCGAGAUCAGAAUUUCAUGUUCGGCGACACCUACUACCUGGGCAAGACAAUCGUGCUGCUGCGAUGCGUCAAGCCCACGCAGACGGUGUACCUGCACGCAGCCGGUUUCACCAUCAAAGAGCAGCAGACGACGCUCGUCCGAGAGGCCGACAAGACGUUCGUCGGCAUCGGCAAGAUGGCCAUCAACGACGAGCUCGAGAUGCUCAAGAUCGAGACGGACUCGCCACUGGAACACAAUGAGUCGUACUCGCUGUCCAUUGAGUUUGCCGGCGCCAUCCGGAACAUACCACGCGGAAUCUACAAGUCUUACUUCGUCAGCGACAACGAACGCAUCACGGUUGUGGCGACGCAGUUUUUGCCGACGUACGCUCGCUGGGUGUUCCCGUGCUUCGACGAGCCCUCGCUGCGGACCACCUUCGACCUGGUGGUGGUGCGGCCCAACCACUAUCGCAGCUUCUCCAACAUGCCGCUCUCGAAAAGCGAGGAGAGGUCCCGGGAUUUCGUGGCCGACUACUUUGAUAGAACACCUCCAAUGGCGACCCACAACUUGGGUUUCGUUAUUGGGCAGUACGUGACAGCAGGAAAUGGAAUGAUCAAGGUGCACGGGACCCCGCAGCAGGUGCGCGACGCAGACUAUGCUCUCCAGGUGGCGCCCAAGAUACUACAGUACUGUCAGGAAACCUUCAGCCUCAACUAUCCCAUCCCCAAACUCGACUUCGUGGCCGCCCCGAUUCUGCCUGCGCCGGCCAUGGACCAGUGGGGUCUCAUCACCUUCCAGGACGUCUACCUGACCUUCCGCAGCGACGAUACACCUUUUCAGAUGAAGGUCGAUUCACUACGGGUUAUCGCCAACAAGAUUGCGCAGCAGUGGAUGGGCAACCUGGUCACCAUGGCCUGGUGGGACGACAUGUGGCUCAAGGAGGGCAUCUCUCGCUACAUCACCUAUACUGCAGCUAACAGGGCGGACCCCCAGACGGACGUGGGCUUUACAGUACUGGAGUCCGACGCUCACCUUGCCAUGGAGGCGGAUGGGUUCAACUCGUCCGCGGCAGUGUCCAGGCCUCUGAACACACCUGCAGACAUUCGGAGGCACAUCAAUGUCGUCACAUUAUCUAAGGGCGGAGCUCUUGUCCGCAUGAUGGCGCAUAUGGUUCCGAGCAACUUGUUCCGGCUGGCUUUGACGGAGCUGUUCAAAAAGUACAGCUACCAGUCCAUUCAUCCUCAGCAUUUAUACAAGGAAAUACACACAGCUCAGAAGGCCAUGUACGACCGGGUGACGGUGAACUUGACCACCGUGAUGCGCGAGUGGACGUACAACCCAGGCUUUCCUGUGGUGUUCGUGAACCGCUCCUACGAGACGAACACUUUCUCGCUCUACCAGAAGCGCUUCAUCUUCGGCAGCGGACCCGUCGAAAAUCGUUUCACGUUCACUUUAAUUCACUUUAAAAUAUUUCCGUUCAAUACCUUCGACAGCACCAUAUGGCACAUCCCAAUCUCGAUCGUCACAGAGGACAAGCCGGACUUCACAGCGACAGCCCCAAAACAUUGGUUCAAUACCAGGACCUCCCAGCUUUUUGGAGCGCCGAGCAAGAAUCAUUGGCUGCUGCUCAACGCUCAGGAGACCUACUACUACAAGGUCAACUACGACAGGACCAACUGGUUGUUGCUCGUCGGUCAGCUGGAGACUGACCACAAGGUAAUUCACGAGUUCAACCGGGCUCAGCUCAUCGACGAUGCCCUCGACCUUGCCCGAGGCGGCCAGCUGCAGUACGACGUGGCGUUCGACGUUCUCGAGUACCUGCCCAAGGAGCGUCAUCACGUGCCCUGGAACGCGGCGCUCACAAACUUCCAGAAGCUGGACCCGGUGCUUAGGCACACCAAGAUCUACAAAAAAUGGAAGAGGUUCGUGAACCACCUACUCUCGAACCAGUACGAACGCCUUAUGUCCGAGGAGAGCAAGGACGAAUCGAUGCAGAUAUCAAUACUGCGAAGCUCUGUCCUGACGCUCAGCUGCGACUACGAGCAUAAUCCGUGUGUCUCGUUCUGUCGGAGGAUGUUCAACAACCUCAAGACCAACUAUGACGCCGCUUAUCACAUGGUGCCGCACUCGUACCGUCCCAUCGUGUUCUGCCAGGCCAUCAAGCAUGGAAACGAAGAGGAUUUCAACUUCCUUUGGAAGCACUACGAGUUGUCGGCCAACACCCAGGAGCGCGUGGUGCUGCUCAAGGCGCUGUCCUGUACCACCGACCUUAAGCUCCUGGAGAGACUGCUGCUACAGUUGGUGAACAAGAAUUCAGGCGUGGAGACAACGCAGAAGGCGGCGAACCUGCUCAACGCUAUCUCGAGCACAAGCAUAUCGGGAAGCAAGAGCGUUAUCCGUUUCGUGACCGAUCACCAGGACACCAUGUUCAACCGGUUCGGCACGCUCCAAGGCCUUUUCGAUUCCAUCCUGCAGACGGUCGUGGACAACAUCCGACAUGAAAGCGAGCUCGAAAAGCUUCGCGAAAUCUACGAGCGUACCCGAGACGUACUACCCAGUGAAGAGGAGAAGGUGCUGCGCAUGAUCCAGAACGCGCGCGAGCACAUCCGCUGGACUACGUACUAUUAUCGAGACGUCGAGUCGUGGCUCGACAAGCGUUUCGUCCUCGACCACCGGGAAAGGGAGCACUUGAAAUAAAUUGACACACA